GUUCUCGUUGUUAAAUGGCAAAGACCACGUCUAUGCAUAGCGGUACUAGUGAACCAAGAAGUAACUUCACUGUUGUUGAGCACAAAGUCUCUGUAUCAGUUGCAGUAUUUACAGUCAUCAGCGUGACAAUCGGAGCAGGAAUGGUUUCUGUACCUAAGGCAGCUUAUGAAUCUGGAAUCCCUUGGGCACUAGCUUACAAUAUCUUUAACCUUAUCCUGAGUGUGUACUCUAUUCACCUCUUCUUGAGAUCAGCACAAGUCACUGGACAUUAUUCCAUGCCACAGCUUGGCUACGAAUGUUUUGGACAUUGUUCUCUCUAUCUUGUGAACUUUAUCCAGUUUCUAGCCUUUGGGCUACUUCCUAUUGCAUAUUUUAUUGUAUUUGCCAAACUAUUAAAAUCAUUUUUCGAUGAAAUACCUUGGGUUGAGAAGCACGGACAAAGUACUAUUGGCAACCAAUGGUUCAGCGUAAUGAUACUUGCAGUCUUGAUUUUCCCACUGAUUAUAAAGAAGAAGAUUCAAGAGCUAAAAAUUGCCGGAAUACUACUAGUCGCUUCAGUGAUCAUAUUCAUUAUUUUAAUGUUUCUAAUGAGAAUGAUAAAUGAUAGUGAUCUAAAAAGACCGCCAAUUUCUAACGGAGACUUUUACUUCUUCAGGUUCAGUAAACCAUGGUUGUCAUCUUUGUCAACUGCCUUUGUGGCGUUUGCAUUCCAGUCUGCCUUUUUCCCCAUCUACAACUCUUUAGAGAGCAAAUCGUACCAGAAUGGGAUAAAGUUCACUUUCUUUGGAAUGCUCUUUUGUUUUAUCAUCUACACAAUGAUUAUUUUUGUCUCGCUCUACUCAUUCGGAGUGGACAUUCAAGGAGAUGUUCUUGAAAACGUGGAAGGAGUCAGAGUAUGGGAGUCCUACGUUCUCAGAGCCAUCUUCCUCCUUGUGAUGGCAGCUCACACCCCAUUCAUCUUCUUCAUUGGGAAAGGAUCAGUCAUCGCAAUUGUUGCAUUGCUAUAUAUUAGAGGAGGUAGACAAGAAGAGAUCGAUCAAAGCCAAAUCCAUUAUGAAUAUCUUGACAAAAAGAACCAAAGCGAAGAUAAAGAAGGAGGGGGAAAUGAAAGAGAACAGCUUCUUGAUGAAAAUUUUAGUCAUGAUUCAAACAACCCAAAGAAAAGAAGGUCGACUGUUAGAAACAUGACUAUUAGUAGCAUGAUUAUUUCAGAAGGAGUCGAGAGAGAUAUUAGUCUAGCAAUUCCAUUUUCUAAAAAAGUAAAGAAACCGAUGGUAAUAACGGGAUCAGCCUUGAAGAGUGAUGUUAUCAAUGAGCUUAUUCCAAACUGGGUUUACUAUACUAUCACAUUAGUUUGAUACGCUUUAGUAGUCGGAGCAGCAUGAGUAAUUAAAGACGUCGAAAUUGUCGUAAAAUUCAUUGGUUCAGGCGCUAACGCGACUCUAAAUGUAACAUUUCCAGGUAUCUUCUAUUUCAUCAUCAUGAGAAAGCAUAAAGUGAAGGUUGCAAAGUGGGAGCUCAUUCUCUCAUUCCUUUUCUUCCUAUACGGUUUAAUAAUGACGUUCUUCUUAACAGGAAUGAACAUCUGGUUUACUAUUUCACCCUUUGAUUAAGAAAAGCAAUGAGCUUGGCUCAAUAAUAAAUGUUUGACUCAAUU